CAAGAUCGCCUGAUGAUGACGAUGAUGUUGCGGGAACUAAGGGAGGCCCAGACAAGCAAACAUGGCGGCGGGGGGCUUGUUUACGCUGGAGACUUGGAAGAACUGGGAGAAAUCUGGCAAGGCGGAACUAGUGCAGACAAUUAGACAUCUAAUUAAAGAAAAUGGAGAAAACCCGGGCCUGUCCAAGCCUAACCAGAGCCCAACGAAAGAUUUAUCAAGAGCACUUUACGAGUUUUUGUCGGCCAUCGUUAGGGGACACUUAAGAAGAGACUAUGCCAGGCCUGUUCUUAUAGAUAUGGUGAACUGGCACCCAGACAUGGCGUCCCAGUUAGUCGAGAUCACCACACUGCUUGACCUUGAGACAGCUGCAGUAGAGAGGUUCAGCAGGAAUAGGGAUAACCUGCUGGGUCUGCUGAAGUCACUUGACGCGGACCGACUGCUGAAAGAGAGGCUGGAAAUUGAGACGCUGGGUGAUGCUGGAAUUGUGCGCCACAAGAAGAAUUUUCACACUAAGCAGAUUAAAGUGAAGACUAAGCUGUUUUACAAGCAACAGAAAUUCAACUUGCUACGAGAGGAGACCGAAGGAUAUGCCAAGCUUGUUACGGAGCUUAACCAGGAGAUAACAGACCGAAUUACCCCAAACUCAAUGAUUCAAGUGAUCCGAAGUCUUAUAGGUGGGUUUAAUCUGGACCCUAACCGCGUGCUGGACCUCAUCCUGGAGUCGCUGGAAUCUCGGCCCCACCUUCACCAGUUCUACACGUCCUUGCUGAGUCAGUACCCGUGUGAAUCGGCGACCAUCAGCGAAAUUCUCGGCUUCAAGUUGAACACCAGCGCGAAGGAAGGAGGCGGCAAGGAGACACAAGGGAUUUACACCACAAUAUCCUUGCUCCUUCAGGCUGAUAUCCUUCAACUGCAGGAUAUUUAUGUUUGGCUGACACCAGAAGACUCCUCCAUGGCAGAAGAACACCAGAGGGAGGAGGCGGAGGCAACAGAGAUGGCACACAGGGUGAAUAUUGUGUCCACGAAGGAUAAGGAUAAAGAGAAGGAGAAGGAGAAGGAGGAUGAAGAGAGGGAAAGGCAAGAACAGCAGAGAAAUCCGGAAAGAUAUUUAAACAACCAGAAGAUUCAGCUUUGUAUUGCUUUGUUACAAGUGGGCGACUGGGACCACUUCCAGGAGAUUUCAAGAAGGUUCCCCGAUUUCUACCUGGUGUCAAUCCCUCCAAUCAGCAAGGCUCUUUGUAACCUGAUCCACACCUUGUUUGAGACUGUGUACCGCAAGGUAUGCCAUCUCCCCAGCCGCCUCCAGGGAACAGUCAUUGAACCUCUGGACAACCCAAGAGCAGUACAGCCAGCCACAAACUAUAACGACCUGGUUCUCAUUACAUUUCCUAUGCUGACUGCCCUUGGCCCACACCUCUGCCAUGACCCUGGAUUAAUGUACAAGGUUCUGAGGACUGCACGACAUGGGCUUAAGCAGCAGGUACGUGUGGGUCCUGACGGCAUGCGAGGACUCUUCUACUACGAGUUCCUGGACAUUCUGGACGAGGUGAUGCUUCCGGCUCUCUCCAUGCUUGAUUCCAACCCCUGCAUGGCGGAGGAGAUCUGGGAGACACUUAAAUUCUACCCUUAUCAGCACAGGUACAAGCUCUAUGGACGCUGGAAGAACGAGACUUGCAACCAACACCCGGCCCUUGUGAGGCGCCGAACUGCCCUGUUGAAGAAAGCCAAGUUUAUCAUGAUGAGGAUCACCAAGGAAACCAUUAAGCCAGUUAGCCGCGGUAUUGGGAAGCUGACCCACAACAACCCUGCGCCGAUAUUCCAUUAUAUCCUUAUUCAAGUCCAGCUGUACGACAACUUGAUAGGGCCAGUGGUGGACAGCUUCAAGUACCUCACCUCUCUCUCCUAUGACGUGUUGGGCUACUGCAUCGUGGAGAUACUAUCCGAGAACAAAGACAGGAUAGCCAAUGACGCCAUGGCCAUUUCGUCGUGGCUCCAGGCGCUGUCCAGUUUCUGCGGGGCCGUGUACAAGAAAUACCCCAUUGAUCUUGGUGGGAUUCUACAGUUUGUGGCCAACCAGCUCAAGGCAGAGAAGUCCAUUGAUCUGUUGAUUCUGAGGGAGAUUGUGCAAAAAAUGGGAGGGACUGAUACCUUGGAGGACCUCACGCCAGACCAGCUGGACGCCAUGUGUGGAGGAGAAUUACUGCGGCGAGAGGCGGGGCAGUACCAGCAGGAACGUAACACAAAGCGGUCAUCAGUGCGUCUGAAGGAGGCGUUGCUGGAGCACGACCUGGCCAUCCCCUUACUGCUCCUCACGGCACAGCAGCGCUCCUCUGUCGUGUACAACCAGACUGAAUCGCCGCACCUCAAGCUGGUUGGCAAGCUGUAUGACCAGUGCCAGGAUACAAUGGUGCAGUUUGGGUCGUACCUGUUCCAAGUGGUGACGAUUGACGAAUUGAGUGGCCGCAUGCCCCCCAUUGGCACCCUGCUGUCCGACUGUCAUGUUUCAGCUGAUGUGGCCUUCUUCCUUGCCAGGCCACUAUUCAUCAAUAUGCUCAAUGCAAAAUAUGACGAGCUUCGGAAACAAGACAAAGGAGAAAAGAAAAUGACUUUGGAGCAGAAGAAAAUGAGGUACCUGGAAGCAUGUUCUGAAGUGUUUGGGCCCAUCGUCACCAGCAUUCGGCCUCACUUCAGCAUCAAGGUGUGGGAAGACAUGGACCCGUCAUUCUUUCUCACCUUCUGGACGCUCACCAUGUCUGACCUAGAAGUGCCCCACCACAUGUACGAGAAGGAGAUUAAGAAGAUUGAUCCUAACCAGCCCUCCAGUAAUAAGAGGAAGAAGGAAGCUGACAGACUUCUUGCCCUGAAGGAGAAACUGCAGGAAGAGGAGAAGAGACAGAAAGAACAUGUCGAGAGGGUCUUGGCACGGCUGCAGCAGGAAAAGGACAGAUGGUUCACUCUCAGGGGCGCUCGUUCCCCCAAAAAUGACACAGUGACGGCUUUCCUGCAACUGUGUCUCUUCCCUCGUUGCACCUUCACCACCUUGGAUGCGAUUUAUUGUGCUAAGUUUGUGAAAAUGUUGCACAGUUUGAAGACACCAAAUUUCUCUACCCUGAUAUGCUAUGACAGGAUGUACUGCGACAUCACCUACACAGUCGCCUCGUGCACAGAACAGGAGGCACACCGCUACGCCCGGUUCCUCCUCGGCACUCUGGAGACUGUGAUGCACUGGCACACCUCACAUAAUAAUUACGAGAGGGAGUGCGCGUCCUACCCCGGCUUCGUCACCAAGUAUAGGGUGUCACGUCAGGAAGCAAACGACUAUGUGGAUUACGAGAACUACCGCCAUGUUGUGCAUAAGUGGCAUUACAAGAUUACUAAGGCGCUGAUCACGUGCCUAGAGAGUGGUGACUACAUCCAGAUCCGCAAUGCCAUCCUCAUUCUGCAGGGGAUCAUCCAGAGGUUCCCAGCCAUCAUCAACCUUGCCAUUGUCAUUGAGAAGAGGAUAGAGAUGGUGAAGCUGCAGGAACGAAACAGCCGCAACGACCUGUACGUGCUGGCCAACAGUUACUCAGGGCGUCUCAAGGCAAUUAAACCCAACCUGCCACAAGAGCCUGAGUUUCAUAUUGUUCCCAAGCGCACACCGGCAGCACAGAAGGUCAACGGCACCCCAGACAGCACCGCCACAUCGGGGGGUGCCGGCGCAGGUGAUGGCAAAGGCACUCCCGCAGAACAAGUGGAUGGUAAACAAGCAAAGGCUGAGGCAAUGGAGGUGGCCAAUGGAGAUGUGGAGGCAAAGGAGGAAAGGGAGGCAAAGAAGGGAGAGAAUAACAGCAAACCAACCAAAGAGAAGAGAGAUGUGGCAGAGAAGAAAGGGGGAGGAGAGGAAGGAGAAGGGAAGAGGCCAGAGGAGAAGAAGAGAGAGGAGAAGGAAAAGAAGAAAGAGAAGGAGAAGGAGAAGGAGGAGAGAGAGGAAAAACCAAGGAAGAGAUCAAAAGAAUCAAAGAAGAUAAAGCAGGAGGAGGAAGAGUACCUGGAGGAGAGGGAUGAGAGGGAGCGAGGCGAGAGAGACAGGGAGAGAGAGAGGGAGAGAGAGAGAGAGGGCAGCGCGACUUCCAACACUUCUUCAACUUCUGCCAAGAUGGAUCCACCCGAGGCUUCACCAAGAGGUUCAAAACGCCGGAAGACCGAUCACAGCAGCAAGAACCGCGGCAAGGAGGAAGCCUCUCGUCGUGACCAUAAACACAAAGAAAGAUCAAAAUCAAGAGAACCAGAGAGUGUUCCUUCACCUAAGGAGUCCAAGAAAGAGAAGAAGGAAAGGAAGAGGGACCGGUCGCAGGAUGAUGGAGUAGAGGUGGACCAGAAACGGAAGAAGGGAGGAGAGGAACGGAUGAAGUCGAACGGAAGACAGGAAGAUGAACAUAAACACAGACAUCGGCAGGUGGAGGCGGAGGAGUACUAUGAAAGGUAUUCGAGCAAGGACUCUCAUCGCGCGGACUAUGACUAUGAGCGAGAGUAUGAAAAGCAGACCACACGCCAUAAAAGGAAGAACUAAAUGCGCACACACACACACACACACACACACACACACACACACACACAAUUUUUUAUCGUGUUUAUUCUCACAGUGUCAGAUUUUUUUUAUUAAAUGCUCAAAUUCUUGAACUUUUUAAGGUUUACUGUUAUUAUUAUUAUUAUUAUUAUUAUUAUUAUUAUUAUUAUUAUUAUUAUUAUUAUUAUUAUUAUCGUCAUCACUGGCUUUUUUAUAUAAUUUUCCUUGAAGAAGAGAAGGAAAGAAGGAAGUGAAGAUGAUAAUGGGAAAGAAAGAAAGUAAGAGAAAGAAAGAAAGGAGGAUUAGUAAGGGACCCACCAGUUGUAACUCUCAGAAGCCUUGUGUGAUAGAGAGAGAGAGAGAGAGAGAGAGAGAGAGAGAGAGAGAGAGAGAGAGAGAUUUUAAAGGUGCAAUGAAAACCUAUUUUUAGUGCGAAUGUGAUUACUGAGAGAGAGAGAGAGAGAGAGAGAGAGAGAGAGAGAGAGAGAGAGAGAGAAUAGCCUUUAGUUUUUUGUAUAUAAAUGAAAAACAAAAAAGGAAGAAAAAAAUAGAAUACUAAGAAAGAAAAAUAAGAAGGAAAGAGAGAAAGAAUAACAAAAAAAAAUCUAACUUAGGAAAAAGAACUUUAAAAAACAAUGGAAGAUUUAUUUACACAAAAGAAAUGGGAAUAAACUAAUUAAUAUUUAGAUUAUAAAAAAAAAAGAUUACAAAGAUGAUGAUGUAUAAACUGGUAAUUAAAAAAAAAUGUAUAUGUAUGGUUUUCAUAUUGGUUUAUUUAUUUAUUUAUUUUAUUUAUUUAUUUUUUUCAUAUAUACCAUGUGUUUAUUAUAAGUGAGUUUUAUUUUAUUUAUUUUUAUUUAUUUAUAUAUUUGUUUUGUUUACUUAAAUGUACAACAAUUUUCUCAUUUCGUAACAACUUUUUGCUUUUUUUUUAUUUAUUUUUGUAACAUUUUUCACAGUAAUGAUUAGAAAGUGUGAUUUCGUAUUUUUUCCACUUUUUUUCGUUUAUUUUUUAUUUGCAGUUUGUGAACUUUGUAUGGAGCUCCAAGUGUGAUGGGGAGAGAGCAUUAAAUUAUUUAGAUACAAGAA